CUUACUCUUUUCCCACAACCAUUACUAAAUACUAAACCCCCUCCUUCCUUUCCAUGAACUACAUUUCCACCACCUUCUCCUUCUCCUUCUCCUUCUCCUUCUCCUCCUCUGCUUAUCGGGUCUGAAAACUCCUUAAUGGGUGAUAACCAUUCAAACAGAUCCGAAUCCGAUACCAGCAGCAACUCCGACCCAAUUGAAACCUCCAACCCGAAACCCGGUAAGCGGAGCCGAGCCAGCUCCAGCCGCCACCCGUUAUACCGGGGCGUUCGCAUGCGGACUUGGGGGAAAUGGGUUUCCGAGAUCCGCGAGCCGCGAAAGAAGUCGCGCAUAUGGCUCGGCACCUUCCCAACGCCGGAGAUGGCUGCUCGAGCCCACGACGCCGCCGCGCUAACAGUCAAGGGUGACUCGGCUAUACUUAACUUCCCUGAGCUAGCUGCGCUGCUGCCCAAGCCGGCUUCUUGCUCGCCUCGUGAUGUGCAGGCGGCGGCGGCUAAAGCCGCGGCUAUGGACCCGGCUGCGCCGUCUUCUCCGGAGGAUGGACUCGGUGAGAUCGUUCAAUUGCCAAGACUCGGUGACGAGUUGUUUGAGUCGGCUGAGUUCGUGUUUCACGAUCAUGACACGUGGGAGUGCUCGCCGCCGUUGAUGGAUGCCGACUUGUUCUUAUCGGAUUCGGGUUGGCCUGACGGGUUUGGGUUUGCGGAUCUUCUUUGGGAUUAUUAAUGGAGCUCCGCUAACAAUGGCCCUUUUCUUUUUUCCUCUUGGGGCUAUAAUUUUCACCCUUUUUUUUCUUUUUCUUUUUUAUUUAUUUUCU